GAAUAAACCACCUACACACAAUGCCAGACUGGACACACUUGAUCCGCUUUGUUACUGUCGAAGACGAGCAGGUCCAUUUGGGACAGCUGGUAGACACUACACGAGACGUUGGUCUAGACAGCGUCAAUGGAGUGGAAAUCAAAGCUUAUCUCGUUAAUGGAGAUAUCUUCAGCGGAAAGGUUACACAGCAUGUGUACACUGUGAGAAAGCUCCUUUCUCCGGUAGCUCGAGAGCAAUGCAGCUACAUCCGAUGCCUUGGUCUGAACUAUAAAGACCACGCAAAAGAAGCGAAUUUGCAACUGCCUAAAGAGCCAGUUCUUUUCACGAAACCUCGAACAGCUUUGAUAGGCCCCUACCCAGCAUCCAUCACAAUUCCCAAAUGUGCGCAGGACAAUACGACAGACUACGAGGCGGAAUUGUGCGUUGUCAUUGGCAAGUACGGUCGGGAUAUUCCUGAAGAAGACGCCCUGGAUUACGUGCUUGGAUACACUGCUUCGAACGACGUAUCUGCAAGAGCACUGCAGUUAGCGAACUCGCAGUGGAGCUUUGGAAAAGGACUGGACAACAGCUGUCCGAUCGGGCCCGUGUUGGUAUCACCCUCUGUUAUUCCGGACCCUCAGCAGCUCUCGAUCAAGGCCAUCUACAAUGGCAAUACUCUGCAAGAUGGACACACGCGCGAUAUGAUCUUUGGGAUCAAGAAGCAAAUCUCAUACCUCUCCCAGGGCACGACCCUAGAGCCGGGCACCAUAUUCCUCACCGGCACUCCAGCUGGGAUAGGCUACUUCCGGAACCCACGUGUCUAUCUCGAGGAUGGAAGCGAUAUUCGGGUGGAGAUAGAAAAGAUCGGCACACUCGUGAACAAGGUUCGAUAUGAAUCUCUGUAGGCUUCGAGUCAAAUAUACUGAUUCCC